AUGGAGAGGUUUGGAAGGAGCCCAGGUUGUGUUCCUCUUUCUGUUAAAAUCGAUCAUUAUAAAAAAACAUCUGUUGGUUUGAAAACGAUAUCUAUCUAUCUAUCUAUCUAUCUAUCUAUCUAUCUAUCUAUCUAUCUAUCUAUCUAUCUAUCAGUUUAUGCGAUACAUACAUACAUACAUACAUAUCGUUUUCAAUUUGGUGAUUUGGGACAACGAUAUCUAUACGUAUAUAAUUUUACCAAAAAAAUAAACAAACAAACAAACAAAAAAAAAACACCAUCUAUCUAUCUAUCUAUCUAUCUAUCUAUCUAUCUAUCUAUCUAUCUAAGGGGUGUUGAAAAUCGAACAUUAGGUGUUUUCAAAACUCUUCUUCUUCUUCGCCUCCGCCUCCUUCUCUUCUUCUUCACCUCUCCUUCUUCUUCUUCUUCUUCUUCUUCGCCCCCUCCUUCUCUUCGCCUCCCGUCCCCCUUCUUCUUCUUCUUCGCCUCCCCUCCUUCUCUUCUUCGCCUCUCCCUCCUUCUUCACCUAUCCCUCCCCAUCCUCCUCCUCCUCCUCCUCCUUCUUCUUCUUCUUCUUCUUUGUGCUACAUCUCUUUAG